AAGGUCAGUUGAUAUUUUGAGAGCAGCUAGCAUUAGCUCCCUUUUUUGGCAGUCUGGUAACUUCGGCUGUUAGCAGGUCAGCCGUCGGACCUCAAAGACAGACACACACGGGGUCGUUUGAGUGAAAUCCUGCCUUAUCCAGAACCACACUGACAGUCCACUGUCGUGAUACUAUUCUCAUCGUGAAGUGUCAGUGAUACAGAGUGGCUAAGUCAGCUAAUGUUAGCCAGUGUAAGUUACUAGCUCGUGGUUUGGAGACAAUGCUAACCUAACGUUACCCAUCUGGUCGCACAAUAAUCCGUGAUGUCUGAACAGCAGCCAGCACACAAACACACACACUACACAGUCCGACUUCAUGCGUCGUUAUUAGGAUAAAUCGGUAAUGGUUGGUGAAGUCAUUAGCAGCUCGGUGGAGUCAGAGUUUUAGUCUCCGGUUUCAGGAAAUGCUGCUCUCCAGUGAAGUGCUCAGAUGCUGCAGCUGGUGGGAGGACACGGCAUGGUGAUUUCUUAAUGUAGAUAGACAGUGCUGUUUAAAUGCUCAUUUGAUCUAUAGUGAAGCAUCAAGAAUAUUGCAAAUCUGCAGCACUGUUUUCCAGCUCUCAAGUUUUUAAGUUUUGUCCACCUCACAGUCCAAAACCCAGAGAUGUCCAUUUUACAGUCAUAGAAGAGUAAGAAAACAAACACGUCCUCACACCUGAGAUGAAGACUUUAACUCUGUUUUAUUUGACUUAAUUGAUUAGCUACAUUGUUGAUUAUAAAUUCCUGUCAGUCACCUGAUUGUAGCAUUUAUAAUGUUUAGAAACUAGACAUCAUUUGGAAUUUGUUAUGAUGCUGUUUUCUAUUAUAGCUCUCCAAUGGACGCAUAGCAAUUUAAUGAAACAAUAUUCUGAAGUUACUUUUGACCGACUCUUGCCGAGUGACAUUUACACCGAGUGACUCUUGUUUUUAUAUCUGAUUUGCACGUGUCAUAUGAAUGUGCACGUCAACAAUAUAACUGUUAAAGUUUUCUGACACUAUCAAGUUGAUCUAAUACAUUUUUUUUAACCUGAUUUUUAAAAAUGAUUAUUAUUGCCAAGCAUUUCUGGCACGGUGCUUGUGUUACACUCUAGACUUGUUGCACCUCUAGGUCCUUGCGAUGGCAUCCCAUUUCCCUACUCAUGUUACAUCUAUGACUGUAGUUAUCUGAGGGGCCCUGCAAGCAUAAGCUGAAGUCUUCGCAGAGGGACAAGGUACGGCAGUUCAUGUCCUUCACACAGGCUGGGGAGAAGACAGCUGUGUACUGCCUCACACAGAAUGACUGGAAACUAGAAGUUGCCACGGACAACUACUUUCAGAAUCCAGAGCUUUACUGUAAGGAAUCCAUGAAAACCUCAGUAGACCGGAAAAAGCUGGAACAGCUCUACAAUCGCUACAAAGAUCCUCAAGAUGAGAACAAGAUUGGUAUUGAUGGAAUCCAGCAGUUUUGUGACGACCUCUCACUGGAUCCAGCCAGCAUCACUGUGCUGGUUGUUGCGUGGAAGUUUCGCGCUGCCACUCAGUGUGAGUUCACCAAGAAGGAGUUUCUGGACGGAAUGACAGAGCUGGGGUGUGACAGUCCAGAAAAACUCAAGGCCCUUUUGCCAAGAUUAGAGCAGGAGCUAAAAGAUAGUGGGAAGUUCAAGGACUUCUACCAGUUCACCUUUAACUUUGCCAAAAAUCCUGGACAGAAAGGUCUAGACUUGGAGAUGGCUGUAGCCUACUGGAACCUGGUUCUGUCAGGACGAUUUAAGUUUCUUGAUCUUUGGAAUAGAUUCCUUUUGGAACAUCAUAAACGAUCCAUCCCUAAGGACACAUGGAACCUAUUGUUGGACUUUGGUAACAUGAUUGCAGAUGACAUGUCAAACUAUGAUGAGGAAGGAGCGUGGCCAGUCCUUAUAGAUGAUUUUGUGGAAUUCGCUCGACCAAUUGUAACAGGAUCAAAACGUAAAACUCUCUAAAUCCAGUCCCAGCUCUGGAAAACCAGAACUUUGUUUCUUUUACAGUGACUUCAUAGUUUUUUUUAAGACUUGUACAAAAAAAAAAAGUGGAAAAUUGUAGACUUCAGAGAGAAAACAGAAGCACUUGAAACUGUCAGGAAACCACCUUUCAGGGAGCUGAGUAAAAAAACUAUGAGAACCACUGGCCAUAUUUUCUGUCCUCUUGAGACUGAGGCGUCAUAUGGACAUCGCCAGAUUCUCAGUAUCCUGGACGCCCCUCUGCUCUGCUCCAGGAGGAGCACUACGGCCCCGUCAGAGGGCAUGGACACAGCUCUGAGAGGAGGUCCACUGGCUGCGUGUACUCUAAACGGACUGGAGAUGAGAAAGCUGUGUGUUUUAAGAUUCUUCCUAGUCAGCUUUGUUUUGUUAUAUGAAGCUCUGAGUGACAAAGUUCCCAUGUCUUACUCUAACUGUGGGAGGGAGUGUGCUCACGACACCAGCACCAACAGAACUGUUGCAGUUUUUACUGUACAUACUGUAUCUAUUGGGACAGUUUACAAAGAGAGCUAUAUGAAGAAUAAUAUAAAUAUGUUCAAUUUAUAAAUGCAAAAGAUGAUUGUUUUAUGUACAGUAAAUGCUAAGAUCUCUAACGGAUGCCUCAAUAUUGUGGAUGAUAUGCUGUUGGUUUAAUCGUUAGGUGGAUCUGUCAAGUCAUGGAAUUGUGAGCUUCUCAUUGAAAGCAUGUUAAACACAUUUUACGUCACCUCGGGCUGGUUUCACAAAUAAAUUUUCACUAAAGUAAAGGCAGUGCUUUAAUUUAGAUGAUUGAUAUUGGUUUGUGGUAUUCAUUUGUCUGAAUAAUCUCAGUUGGGAGUGGGUCUUGAAUCCUAAAUGUAACGUAGUCCGUCCUUUUCCACAGGUUUUCCCAGACGGUGAUUUCUUUCUAACUGUUCAGGAGAGAGUUUUUUUUUGUUUGUUUUUACCAGUUUGUCAAGCUGAGGUGUUUUUGAUGCCAAAGCGACUACUUAGCAGCAUUUAAGACAGAUUUAAAUUUAAGAAAUGACCGGCCUUUAGGAUUGCAUGGCACAUAUCUGUAUGUUAAAGGCAGAGCGAAGCCCUCGGUUCAGAAUCAGGACACUAAAGAGGGCGACAGCAGGACGACAAAGUAAGCCUUAAAAAUAAAUACCUGUCUGUUGGAUAUUUAUGUUUCUGUUGAACCCCAUCUGUUCAGUGUUCCUGAAGGUAGUGAAAAUUAGAAUAUAUUGUUGAUACAUCGUGUAAGUAGCCUAAGUAUAUUGUUCAUUUAAGAAAGAUGAAUAAAGCAUGAGUUUUUCCAGAAUCA